GUGGACCCCCCUGUGAGUGACCACCCCCCUGCGAAUGACCAAUCCCCUUCGAAUGACCACCCCCCUGUUAGUGACCACCCCCUGCGAACGAGCAAACACGUCAUACGAAUACACAACCGAGGAAGGAAAGUCAUCCCCAACUCGAUCGAGCUCCAUAACACAUCGUCCAGCAUAAUAGUUUUCUCCAUUUCGUAUAAAAAAAAAAUUUAUCUACAAAAUGAUGUGUUAAGACAAAGGGGUUAUUUCUUCUUCGAUGAGCACAAAAACUACACUCUGGUGAUUUCCCCCAAUGUAGGGUACAUAAAGCCGGGGGAGAAAAAGUCAAUAAGCUUGACUUUUUUUUUUCACUUCUUCGUGAAUACAUUUGGGGCCCUUACCAUUAGGUACUUGUGUCACCAACGGGUUUUUGAGAGAGACGUUUCGCUUCAGGUGGAUUCUUUUCGCGAGGGGGUUGCGACUGAGUUGUGGGGGGGGGAGACCCAGUUGUGCAGGGGAGCGACCCAGUUGCGGGGGAAUGCCUCAUCAGGAGACUGCUCACCUUAUGCCAACUUUGCUCAUACGAAGGACAGCAGACACGAAGGGGCAUCCCUAAAGAAUCGCCUGAAGAGCUUCCUUUUUUACACCAAGGGAAGAGCCAUCACAUCAGCUAGCCGUUUUGAUAACCAUGAUGGAGAGCCUACCCGUGAGAUGGCUCACUCUAUGAAGAAUAGCCUUGUGAAAUUUGCACAUCCUUUAGUAGAAAUCCCCUCAGAAGGGAGUUCACCCAACCGAGGAGAGAAAGGAGAGAACCCCCCCACGAGGAGUUCUCCAUGUAGGGGUACCUCCAUCAGUAGCGGACCCAGUAGCGGACCCAGCAUCGAUGACUCCAUCAAAAAAAACGUAAGUGAAUCAUUUCACGAAGCAGUUAAACAGUACGUAAUAACUUUGGUAAAAUCGCACGUUAGUAUGCACGGAGGUAAUGAAGGGAAGGAGAUCCCUCCCUUGGGUGAACACAACAAGGUUCUUCCCACUCUCGCACAUGAGAAUGAACACUACCCCAGUCAUACAUCUAAACGAGGAAAAAAAAUUUCAAGAGGAGGCAAAGGAGGAGAGUCACCUCCCGAUAUAGAUCAACACGAUAUAGCAUUCGCCAAGGACACCUUUUUUAAUUCCCUUCUGAGGAGCUUCCCUAGUGUCUGGAGGAAAACCUACUUCGCUACUCUCCUACACAUGGCUCUCGAGCAAGCUCUACUGACCAAGUUCCACUCCUUCUACCUGCGUCGAUAUUUUGAAAUAAUUGGGUUCGUCCGGAUGGCUAUGCUGAGGGAGAAGACAUCGGAUCACCUCCCAGCAGAGGAAGUAACUGUUUUUAUCCAAACCAAUGCACCCCUGCUGCGUUACAUAGUUGGGUUCGUUCACGACCUGUACAGAUCGAACGGUGAGAGUCGCCAACAUAAUCAUCAACAGAAUCGCCAAUGGAAUCACCAACAGAGUCACCAACGGAAUCACCAAUGGAAUCACCAAGUGAACCAUGUCAAGGAAGCCAUUUUUUAUUUCCUCUCCUCCGCCUUUCUGUGCAUACGACGGGGGGUUAGAAAUGUGAUUAUGUUUGUGGAUGUGAACGUAGGGGGGGAUGGCGAUGGCGAUGACAAGGACGAUGGCGAUAGCAAGGACGAUGGCGAGGGCACCUCCUCCCCCCCCUCGGGGGACUUCUCCCUCAAGGCGGUGUUCCACUCCUUCGUGUUUCCCUACGUGAGGGCUUUUCUCUCAUCGCAGGGAAAGACACACUACGCGUUGCAUUUCGUGCAGGGGGGAGAAGACGUCUCGCGGGUAUGCGAAGCGAUUCUCGCUCAGCGGGGCAGUGUCAAGAAGGACGCUCCUGACGAGGUGCGAGGUAUGCCUACGCAUGAUACUCGUGACGAAGUGCGAGGUAUGCCUACGCAUGAUGCUCGUGACGAUGCCACCUGCACAAUUGAUGGCGGGGCUGGAGAAACACCCCCGGGGGAGGAGGCAGACUUCUUCAAAAAUUUUCAAGCUGAUGAAGAUUACGCGAGUUGUUUUUUUUUUGGCGAAAGUGGGGAGGAGGAACCACCCCAGGGGGGGGAUACAAAGGGGAACAUCGUUUUUGUCGCGGACAGGAAGGUGUUUGCGAGGGCAGUGUAUGAGUGGCACUGCGGGUGGUUAGUGGGGAGGGUGGAGAGUCAGUUGGGAAGUGCGCAGGUGGGUCAAGCGGGUAACCCGUCCGCAUUUUUUCCCACCGCGGGGGCACUCACCACGGGUGCAGUCACCACGGAUGUACUGACCAGUGAUGCGCUCACCACGGAUGUACCCUCGACUGAUGUACCCUCCACGGAUGACCCCCUCACACUGAUGAAGAAAAAAACUGCGACGGGGAAGAUGAAGAGCUCGGUAGAGGCCACAGCGAAGAAGCAGAAAAAAAAAAAUUCCAAAGGGGAAAAAAAAGACACAACACGUCAGGGAAGUAUAACCCAUAGAACAGGAAGACCCCCCGCGGAGGGAACAGUAGGCCAAAAUGAGGAUCAUACUGAUGAUGAGUCAACUGAAAGAAAACGACACCCCUGCACGAAGCACCACCUCGAGAAGCUGUUCGAAAUUUUAGCCCCCACCACGUAUAUUCUAGAUUACCACGUGGAAGAAGCAGACAGGAAAAACCGCUUCCACAUGCCGGAGGGAGUAAAAGUGCACGUGGGGAUGGUAGCUACCAAAAUGGUUAACCUCCUCCCCUUCGUGUGCAAUCUCAUAUCUGUGGAACGGGUGGAUAAACUGCACCGACAAGAAAGACAGGGAAGUUAUUUUUUGUAUGAUUAUUUUGUGUUGAGGAACCGAGAUCGCCUCUUAGAGGCAAUGCGAAAGAUAGUGCACUACGUGGACGAACAGGGAGACAUUUCCUGUAAGGAUAACCUAUUUGGGAAGAUCCCGCUCCCGUGCAACUAUGACGUGGGUCCAUUCGAGCAGGGAGAGGAGAAGCACUCAACUACCAUGCGACAGGAAGACCCACUUAUUGGGAAAGAGAAUCCCACACCUCCACAUGCGGCAUCCCCC